AUGAGAUUCAGAUUUUGUGGAGAUUUAGAUUGUCCGGAUUGGGUUCUGGCAGAAAUUAACACUUUAUCUAAAAUGAGUUCUAUAAAAGUAAAAAUGUUGGGACAAAUCGUUUUGAAAUUUUUAACAGGAGACGAAUUUAACGAAGAAAAAGCAACGAAAUUAGUUUCUGAUGCUAAAUUAGACGAAGAUGAUAUGAAAGGUUGCGUUGCUGCCAUAUCUCAAAUAUUCACGUCUUCUGCUAGAUACGGAAUAGAAGAAGAUGUUUUAAAUAACGAAUUACAACAAUUGGGAUUACCCAAAGAACACGCUACAGCAUUAGGAAAAGUUUAUAACGAAAAUAAUAAUAAUCUAACGGAAAUCCUUUCUAAAAAAUCUCUUAGAACGAGCGUUUUAGAAGAUGUCAAUUGCGAUAUUUCAAAUGUUGAAAAACGAGAAAUCGAACUCGAUAUUAAAAUAAACGAUAAAAUCGAAAACGUCGUUAAUUCUGACGUCAUCAAAAUGUCUGCCGAACAGUUAGCUUUACUUAUAAACGGUAAUAAUUUUGUAUGA